AUGACACUAGCUGAAAUCCAGGAUGCCACAUUAAAGGAUCCAACACUACAAAAGCUUGCUGAAAUUAUUCGCUCUCAACAAUGGCACUCGGUCCUCGAUACAGAUAAUUCCUGUCCUAAUGACAAAGACAAGUACAAUUUAAGAGAUCUCAAAGCUUUCCACAAAUUUCGUCACGAGUUGACUGUUACUACAAACAAUGAUAUUAUCCUCAGGGUUUCUCGCAUUGUGAUGCCCACUACCCUGCGCCGCCGAGCUCUUGAACUAGCCCAUGAAGGACAUCAAGGGCUUAUCAAGACAAAACGAUUACUACGCGAAAAGAUAUGGUUCCCUCGCAUUGAUCAACAAGCAGAAGAAAUGAUAAAGCACUGCCUUCCUUGCUAA